CAUAUGCUGUCGGAGUCCUCUAGUGCGCUCUGCUGCUCAGUACGCACUAUAUACAUACAUACUAUAUGUGAUCUGUACCGGUCUGUCUCUCUCACUCUCCCUCUCGUUCUUUCUCUGCUCUUCUGUUCUCAGCUCUAAUUCUGUGCUGGCUUUUGAGCUUUUCUCUGCGGGACUCAAACUCAUUCAUUUGGAAACUUCAAUCUCGUGUGAGAGAAAAAAGGGGCUCUAGUUUACCCGUGUUUGCUAUAAAAACCUACUGGAGGUGCAUACACAACACAUUUGCAUGUUAUGCAUCAAAGCUCUGUAUCCUAAGUGGAGACUUCUGCAUUGUUACCUGCUAUCAAGGGCAAGUUCAUUUCGUGAAAACUGCACUGAAGAGUCGUAGGGAAUAUGCAUCUGGGCCACAUCUGUGGGAUUUUACAGCAGCUGUGGUUUUUGACUGCUACGGUAGCUUCAGGUUCACAUUUCUUUCAAGACUUGGAGUCUGAGACAGUCUACCCUCUGGUUUUACCGGAUGCCGCUCCGCCGGGUCCUGGGAGAUUCGACAGCCAGGAGAGAUAUCCACAUGCAGGCAGCAGUUCUCGGGAAGUUCGCUCUAUUUCCAAAGGAGAGGAAUACGAAACCCAGGAGUUAUACCACUGGGAACCUCUUGGACCGCAGACACUGGCUUUUCCGGGGCUCAGGCUCAAAAUACCCGCCUUUGGCAGUGAGCUCCACCUGAUUCUGAAGAGGGACAGCAGAUUUUUAUCACAGAAAUUCGUGGUAGAGAACAGACUGAAAGGUCGGAAAGCGUACCUGGACAAUUCAACAGCUACCUCUUCCAGCGCUGAAAGAUCGUGUUACUACAGCGGGGCUGUUCUUAAUUCUACAGGAUCCAUCGCCUCCUUUAGCACCUGUGGUGGUCUGAUGGGAUUUAUUCAGCUCAAUGAGGACUUUCUAUUUAUUGAACCUCUAAAGCGCACGCUGGCAGUGACAGGGCACGCACACCGCGUUUACAGACGGAAACGAUCAGUGGAGGAGAAAGUCUCAGAGAAGCAUUCUUCACAUAAAUACUGCGGGGUUCUUCCUGAUAAAAGGAAAAGCAAGAACAGACAGUUGACAGAAAUUGGAAGAGGGAAAAGAUACUCCUAUAAAUUACCUCAUGACUAUAACGUGGAGACCUUGGUUGUUGCUGACCCUGCCAUGGUCAGCUAUCAUGGUUCUGAUGCUGCAAAGAGAUUCAUCCUCACAAUAAUGAAUAUGGUUUUUAAUCUCUUUCAACACAAGAGCCUUGGAGUACAAAUGAACAUUCGACUGACAAAGCUUGUGCUGCUUCAUGAGACUCCAGCCAACAUGUACAUCGGACAUCAUGGAGAAAAGAUGCUGGAGAGUUUCUGUAAGUGGCAGCAGGAAGAGUUUGGAAAGAAGAACAUUCACACUGACUUCUCAGCGAGCUGGAGGGAGGAUUUACCGUCCAUUGACACUGCUAUAUUAAUCACCAGAAAGGAUUUCUGCGUACAUAAAGAUGAACCAUGUGACACUGUAGGUAUAGCAUACUUAAGUGGGAUGUGCAGUGAGAAGAGAAAGUGCAUCCUUGCUGAGGACAAUGGACUUAAUCUGGCAUUUACAAUUGCUCAUGAGAUGGGGCACAACAUGGGGAUAAAUCAUGACAAUGACCACCCAUCCUGUGCAGAUGGCCUCCAUAUCAUGUCUGGGGAAUGGAUUAAAGGACAGAACCUUGGAGACGUCUCCUGGUCUCAAUGCAGCAGAGAGGACAUGGAAAGGUUUCUCAGGUCAAAGGCGAGCAGUUGUUUGCUGCAGACAGAUCCCCAGAGCCUCAAUUCUGUGAUUCUGCCUUCCACAUUACCUGGGAUGACGUACACUGCAGAUGAGCAAUGUCAGAUUCUGUUUGGACCAAAAGCUUCUUAUUGCCAGAAAAUGCAGUAUGUAAUUUGCUCUGGGCUCUGGUGCAAAGUCGAGGGUGAGAAAGAAUGUAAGACGAAAUUGGAUCCACCCAUGGAUGGAACAGAGUGUGACACAGGAAAGUGGUGCAAAGCUGGGGAAUGUGUCAGAAAGGCUCUUUUACCUGCGCACACAGAUGGGGAGUGGAGUUCAUGGAGUGCAUGGGGAGCCUGCAGCAGAACCUGUAACACCGGGGUCAGUGUCCGUCAACGCAGUUGUGAUAAUCCCAGACCCAGCACCGAAGGUAGAGACUGUCCUGGUGUUAGAGUCCAGUAUCAAGUGUGCCAGAACACUCUCUGUCCGGCAGGGGUGCCAAGCUUCAGGGAUUUACAGUGCCAGUCCUUUAACAGACCUUUGUAUCAGAAGCACUCGUUCCAGUGGUAUUCUGUCACAGAUAAUGAGAAACCCUGCACUUUAUUCUGCUCCACAUUGGGGAACGACCAGCCAAUACUGCUGGCUGACAAAGUACUUGAUGGGACUCUGUGUGGACCUCAGGAAUCAGAUAUCUGUGCAAACGGCACGUGCCAGAAAAUCAGCUGCGACGGUAUACUGGGAUCUUCAGCCAGAGAAGAUAAUUGUGGAUUGUGCAAUGGAAACGGCAAAUCAUGCAAAGUCAUUAAAGGAGAUUUCAACCACACCAGGGGGGCAGGUUAUGUUGAAGCGGUGGUGAUACCAGCAGGAGCAAGAAGAAUCAGAGUAGUGGAGGAAAAACCUGCACACAGCUACUUAGCUCUACGGGAUGCCAGUAAACACUCCAUCAACAGUGACUGGAAGAUUGAACAUCCAGGUUCAUUUAACAUUGCUGGGACAACAGUCCACUAUGUCAGAAGAGGAUUAUGGGAGAAAAUCUCUGCCAAAGGACCCACUACUUCUCCGCUCCAUCUUUUGGUGCUGCUGUUUAAUGACCAAAAUUAUGGAAUCCAUUAUGAGUACACCAUUCCUGUAGACCCUCCCCCAGAGAACCGGAGUGCCAAGACCGUUGAGCCUCUCUUCAUGUGGACGCACUCUGGGUGGGAGGACUGUCACGCUGUGUGUGGUGGAGGGGAAAGGAAAACAAAAGUUACUUGCACCAAGAUCAUGAAUAAGACUACCAGUGUGGUGGACAACAAGAAGUGCCGCUACCUGACUAAACCCGAGCCACAAGUGCGCAAAUGCAAUGACCAGCCCUGCCAGACAAGGUGGAUGAUGACAGAGUGGACUCCUUGCUCAAGGACUUGUGGAAAGGGAUCUCAGGCUCGUCAGGUGUCCUGCACUCAGCAGCUACGUAAUGGGACUCUCAUCAGGGCCAAAGAGCGGGACUGUGUGGGACACAAGCCGGCUGCGGCCCAGCGCUGUGAGGGGCAGGACUGUAUGACAGUGUGGGAGGCUGGAGUCUGGUCCGAGUGCUCUGUAAAGUGUGGCAAAGGGGCCCGCCACAGGACUGUGAAAUGCACCAAUCCUCGCAAGAAAUGCGACUUGUCCACACGCCCCAGGGAGGUGGAAGACUGUGAGGAUUACUCCAAGUGCUACGUCUGGAGAACAGGAGACUGGUCCAAGUGUUCAGUAACCUGUGGCAAGGGAAUGCAGUCCAGGGUAAUUCAAUGCAUGCACAAGAUCACUGGAAGGCAUGGAAAUGAAUGCUUCUCAUCCGAGAAACCCGCUGCUUACCGACCUUGUCAUCUACAACCCUGCAACGAGAAAAAUAAUGUGAACACCAUCACCUCGCCUAGACUGGCUGCCUUAACAUUCAAGUGCCUACGGGACCAGUGGCCUGUCUACUGUAAAGUCAUCAGAGAGAAGAACCUCUGUCAGGACAUGAGGUGGUACCAGCGCUGCUGUGAGACCUGUAGGGACUUUUAUGCACAAAAAAUGCAGCAAAGAAGUUGACGUCCAACACAAUCAGAACUCUUACAAGAUUGCCCUUGUUAUUUAUAUUAAGAAAACACAAGCAAAAAACACUUUUUCAAGCAAGCAGAUUGUGGAUAAUUGAAUUAGUGUAAUUUAUUCUUGUGCUC